CUUCCCUCCAGUGCCGAAAAAGGAAGAUUGUCUUGGGACCCCUGCAUUACAGAUGGUGCUGAAGAACUAAGGUAGAAGAAUACAUGUUCACUUUCAGAGACCAAGAGCAUGUUCCCAAACUCAAUUUUGGGUCGCCCACCCUUCACUCCAAAUCAUCAACAGCAUAGUAACUUCUUCACCCUGUCACCAACUCUUUAUUCACACCAGCAGCUUAUAGAUGCGCAGUUCAACUUUCAAAAUGCAGACUUGUCUAGAGCUGUGUCAUUACAGCAGCUGACAUAUGGAAAUGUCAGUCCAUUACAGACCUCAACUUCCCCAUUGUUUCGAGGAAGGAAGAGAUUAAGCGAUGAAAAAAUCCUUCCUCUUGACGGUAAACGGCAACGUUUCCAUUCACCUCACCAAGAAGCAACAGUAGUUAACCAGAUAGUGCCUUUAUCAGGUGAACGAAGAUACUCAAUGCCGCCAUUGUUUCAUACACACUAUGUACCAGAUAUAGUCAGAUGUGUUCCACCUUUUCGAGAAAUAUCAUUUUUAGAGCCUAGAGAAAUCACACUGCCUGAGGCCAAAGAUAAGUUGAGUCAGCAGAUACUGGAAUUAUUUGAAACAUGUCAGCAGCAAAUAAAUGAUUUAAAGAAGAAAGAACUCUGUCGAACACAGCUGCAGAGAGAAAUUCAGCUGUUAUUUCCACAAAGCAGACUGUUUUUGGUUGGGUCCUCUUUAAACGGAUUUGGUACCCGGAGCAGUGAUGGUGAUUUAUGCCUAGUUGUUAAGGAGGAACCAUGUUUUUUUCAGGUAAAUCAGAAGACUGAAGCACGGCAUAUACUCACCUUAGUCCAUAAACACUUCUGUACUAGACUUUCUGGCUACAUUGAGAGACCUCAGCUGAUUCGAGCAAAAGUGCCAAUUGUGAAGUUCAGGGAUAAAGUCAGUUGUGUGGAGUUUGACUUGAAUGUAAACAAUAUUGUUGGAAUAAGAAACACAUUCCUUCUCAGAACUUAUGCAUACCUUGAAAAUCGAGUUCGUCCAUUAGUGUUGGUGAUUAAGAAGUGGGCCAGUCACCAUCAGAUAAAUGAUGCCAGUCGUGGUACUUUAAGCAGCUAUAGUCUUGUAUUGAUGGUUUUGCACUAUUUACAAACCUUACCUGAACCCAUCCUUCCAUCCCUCCAAAAAAUUUACCCAGAAUCUUUUAGUCCUGCUAUACAGCUGCACCUUGUACAUCAGUCUCCAUGUAAUGUUCCUCCUUAUCUCUCAAAGAAUGAGUCAACUCUUGGGGACCUCUUACUGGGCUUUCUUAAAUAUUAUGCUACAGAAUUUGACUGGAAUAGUCAAAUGAUUUCAGUUCGUGAAGCCAAAGCCAUUCCAAGGCCUGACGGUAUUGAAUGGAGAAACAAAUACAUCUGUGUGGAAGAACCUUUUGAUGGAACGAAUACCGCCAGGGCUGUGCAUGAAAAGCAGAAGUUUGACAUGAUCAAGGAUCAGUUUUUAAAGUCAUGGCACAAGUUGAAAAACAAAAGAGAUUUGAACAGCAUACUACCUUUAAGAACUGCUGUCCUGAAAAGAUAACUGGUCUCUGUAAAUUCUUCCAAGAAAUAAAGAAUAAUAGUAACAUCAUAAUGUAUUUUGUUUAUCUCCAUCAUGGUUUCUUUUUCAUUGUUCUUGUUUUUGUGUUUUAUUUUUAAAAAGACAUAUAUAGAUUGCAUAUUUUAUUAUGACAUUUCCUAAUAAAACCCUUUGAUUUAAAAAUGUAUUUUUGAAAAUGUUUACUUUGAUGAUUAGUAAUAUUAUGGCAUGAAUUUUUGGGAGAUCAGAUAAAAUAUAUUUUGGGAAAUUACCUGAACAAUAAAAAGUUUUGAUAUAACUUCAGCUAAUUGUACCACAUGCUAAUACUGAAGAGAUGUGUGGAAUGUUUGGAAUUUUGGACUUUAAUUCAUAUUUGCUUAAAGUAGAUAGUUUGUUGUCUAAGUCUGUUCUAGUAAAGUGAAGAUUCAAGUCAGUUACUCAUUUACUUGAAGCCAAAUGAAAGCUUUUAUUUCAGUGAAAUCACUGCAGUCAUGAAAUAACUGAGCAAUUGUAUUAAGUCUUCACUUGACUCACUAGGGCAGACUGAGGUGUGUGUCUGUAUUAGCAUUUCAUUAGUACUUCACAUGCUUUUGAGGUACUCAUGAGAUUGCUUUAAAUUUUAUAUUGAGACGACAAUACAUUUUUUACUGUUGUAGGAUGAACACUAAUUUUUACAACAGUUAUUGAAUUGUUUCAAGAUUCAGUUCUGUGUAGACAAUUUGAAAAGUUAAGUCUCCUGUGCUUUCUGAUAGCUUGGUGCAAUAUGCACUUUUGCUUUUCUUUCCCAUUUUCCUGCUCUGUUUUCCCUGUGACACAAAGCAACAGAAACUGAGAAAUCAGUUAAGAUUAUAUAUCCUGUUUGUAGUAUCAGAUUUUUUUUCUGUGUACAAUGAACAAUGAUGGGAUUGUAAUCUAAAUUGGAAUUUUUAGACAGUAAGCCACUACUAAAUGUUUUAGAUAAGACACAAUAAAAUUGUUAUAAAUAAAAACUUAAUGUUUGUAAAAGUACCUUUUUUACCAUUUCUUUUCCACAUGAAAGGACUAGUAGUGACUGCUGAAAAAGCUAGUGUUUAUUAAGGUUGUUUCUGACUUAUGUAAAUAUUUGUAAAUUGGUCAGUGCCUGUAAAUUUACAUAUAAAAAGUAAUCUUGAAAACAGUUUUAACUUUUUCAAAAGGACUGUGUCCAACUUCUUUUAGACCUGCUGUAGUACAGUUUGUAUCUCUAAUGGUUUUUUGGGGUUUCUUUUUUGCAGACCAAUUCAGAUGGUAACACUUUGCUUUACUUUGAUUUGUAAAAGAUGCACAUUUUCAUUUUCUUCUUUAAGUUUAAAUUUUCGUAUGAUGUCAAAUGGAAUAAAGUUUAUAUAUGGAAA